AGCGCAAGAGAGAGAGAGAUAGACAGGGCUACAGACAGGACCUUGGCACAGGCAGAGAGGCUUGUGGGUACGGUGUGGAUGUGGAUUGUAAUGGGCUCGUGGAGGCAAUGGUGGUUUCUGUCUCUCUCUCUUCUGAGCAGUGUCCUCCUGGUCUGCAGCUAUGGGAGAGUGUUCAGACCCCCUGCGUACGCCAGCACGGUCUUCCUACGGUCGAAGAGAGCGAAUGCGUUCUUCUUGGAGGAGAUGCUUCAGGGGAACCUGGAGAGAGAGUGUUAUGAGGAGACCUGCAACUACGAGGAGGCCAGGGAGUACUUUGAAGACACACCCAAAACUGACACUUUCUGGAAUGUCUACGUAGAUGGGGACCAGUGCAAACCCAAUCCCUGUCUCCAUGGCGGCAGCUGCAAGGACAGCAUUGGAGGUUUCACCUGUAGCUGCACAGAGCUGUACCACGGGAAGAACUGUGAAAUAGAUAGCGCUCAGUGCCCCACCAAGGGGCCCUUCUCCUGUGACCACUUCUGCAGUCCCAACUUUGGAGCAUACCAGUGCUCCUGCACCACGGGGUACAAGAUUCACAGUGAUAAGAGGAGCUGCAUACCUGCAGUUAAGCACCCCUGUGGAAGACUCCAGCCAACAAACCAAAUCAACGUAGCCUAUCACGUCUGUCCACACAACCGCUGUCCAUGGCAAGUGGUGUUUGUGGAUGAGGCUGGUGCAGAGCUGUGUAACGGGGUGAUCCUGGGGCCUCAGGCAGUCCUGACCUCAGCUAGCUGCCUGUACAUGGGAAAGAAAGUCCACAGCAUGCAGACAGGUGCCUCAAAUAAUAGUGUGAGGAUCCCUCUAUCGACCCAACUGUACGUUCACAACCGCCACGAGAGAGGCAGUCUGGAGGACGACCUGGCCUUGGUGAGACUGAAUGAGCCCCUUCCCUUCGACACCUCUGUCUCCCACCUGUGCCUGCCCACUAAGGAUUUCAGUGAGAACGUGUUGAUGAGUCCAGGAAGGGAGGGGGUGGCCAGGGGUCCGGAUAAGUUCCGGGGGCAAUCCCACGGCCCCCCUGUUCUCUCCUACCUGCAUGCGGAGGGCUGUCGGAACCAGGUGAACGUCUCCCAGCCCCUCACCAACAAGAUGUUCUGUAUGGGGAGCCAGAAGGGCUUCUAUGGGACUAAGUUGACUAGGUUUAAUGAGACAGACCUCAAACCAGGACUAAUGAGGAACUGCAGCCUUUUGUCCGGGACCCCCGUUGUGACUGUGGAGAGGGGUACAGCGUUCCUAACAGGCUUGCACCUUUCGGCGCCCACGUCACAUGGCUGUGGACAAACCCUGUUGUUCACCAAGUUGUCUCGCUACUUGCAAUGGAUCCAGCAGCGCCUGGAGAUGACAGAGAUGAGGAUGACACCACAAAUGACCCAUGACCCACCUGGACCUUAUGUGUAACCCCAACUAAGGGUUAGCCUGAUCCCUACCUACACUGGACUUACAGCCAACAAGGUUGUGUUCAAGAUUUAAGUUGUUUUUUCCAAGGUUAACAAUGUAAAUGAAAGCGAGUGGUUAUAUUUUAACAUGUACUAUA